UCGGAGGCUGGGGAGGUCUGGAAGGCCCGGGUGCGGGGUUCCUGAACGGCUUCUCCGGUUACGUUUUGAAAGGGCUGGUUUUCCUCUUCCUGCCUGAAGGCGAGGCCCGUCUGUUAGGGGUCACUGUCUUCCACAUUGGCAGGGGAGACAGCAGGGAAACCCAGGCCCUUAGGACACGCUCGUUUGAUCUCCAGCCUUUUGCAUGCAGCAAGCGUGGUCACCAAAGCCUGUUGAUUGGAAGCCGUCGUUUAUUGGGAACACCGUUGGGAGGGUGUAUUAUUAUAUUAUUGUAUUAUUAUAUUGCUGCUGUCUGUAAACGCAGGUGGCGGGGGAAGGGGGGUGGAUGUGUGUCUGAUUUAACCUGUGGCACCUCAGUGGCAUUUCCUCCAGCAUCGAUGACUGGGUGAGACACGGUGAGAGAUUUCCUGUGGGUGCUCUCAAAAAUUCAGAAACAUCAGAAGCGAAACCGAUGAGUCAUGGAAGUAGUGAAAGCUUGCUGUUGACCAAAAAAAAAAACCAGUUCGCUAACCAAGAGCACUCGAGCCAAAACAUGUAAUGAGGCUCAGGGGUGUGUUGUUAAAACAGCUGAUAUAGUGAGAAGGUAGUGGCUGCUUAUCUUCAAAGUGAUUGGAAAGAAAUUUGGAUCUCUAAUUCAGUGUUGGAAUGGCAUCUGUUUCAGCUCUAACUGAGGAAUUGGAUUCGGUGAACAAUGAGCUACAUGCAGUAGACAUUCAAAUUCAGGAACUUCUGGAGAGGCAACAAGAGCUUACUCAGAAAAAAACCAUCCUAACAAACAGAAUAAAGCAGUGUUUGGAGGAUUCUGAUGCUGGGGGAAGCAAUGAAUGUGAUUCUUCACCUGCCUCUUGGAAUAAAGAAGAUUUUCCAUGGUCUGAUAAAGUUAAAGAUGUUCUGCAAAAUGUCUUUAAACUGGAGAAGUUCAGACUGCUUCAGCUUGAAACUAUUAAUGUAACAAUGUCUGGAAAGGAUGUAUUUCUUGUUAUGCCUACAGGAGGUGGAAAGAGCUUAUGCUACCAGUUACCAGCAUUAUGUUCAGAUGGUUUUACACUUGUGAUUUGCCCAUUGAUUUCUCUUAUGGAAGACCAAUUAAUGGUUUUAAAACAAUUAGAAAUUCCAGCUACCAUGUUAAAUGCUUCUAGUUCUAAGGAGCAUGUGAAAUGGGUUCAUGCUGAAAUGGUAAAUAAAAACUCCAAGCUAAAGCUCAUUUAUGUGACUCCAGAGAAAAUUGCAAAAAGCAAAAUGUUUAUGUCAAGACUAGAGAAAGCCUACGAAGCAAGGAGAUUUACCCGAAUAGCUGUGGAUGAAGUUCACUGCUGCAGUCACUGGGGUCAUGAUUUCAGACCCGAUUAUAAGGCACUUGGUAUCUUAAAGCGCCAGUUCCCGAACACAGCACUGAUUGGGCUGACUGCGACCGCAACCAGUCAUGUUUUGAAGGAUGCUCAAAAAAUACUGUGUGUUGAGAAGUGUUUUACUUUUACAGCUUCUUUUAAUCGGCCAAAUCUUUAUUACGAGGUUCGUCAAAAGCCUUCAAACACUGAAGAUUUUAUUGAGGAUAUUGUAAAGGUCAUUAAUGGGAGAUACAAAGGGCAAUCAGGAAUCAUUUAUUGCUUUUCUCAGAAGGACUCUGAGCAAGUUACAGGUAGUUUACAGAAAUUGGGAAUUCGUGCAGGUGCAUACCAUGCCAACAUGGAACCAGAAGAUAAGACCAAGGUUCACAGAAGAUGGUCAGCCAAUGAAAUUCAGGUAGUGGUGGCAACGGUUGCAUUUGGUAUGGGAAUUGAUAAACCAGAUGUGAGAUUUGUUAUUCAUCAUUCAAUGAGUAAAUCUAUGGAAAAUUAUUACCAGGAGAGUGGACGUGCAGGUAGAGAUGACACGAAAGCGGACUGUAUUUUGUAUUAUGGCUUUGGAGACAUAUUCAGAAUCAGUUCAAUGGUGGUGAUGGAGAAUGUGGGGCAACAAAAGCUUUAUGAGAUGGUGUCAUACUGUCAAAACAUAAGCAAAUGUCGCCGUGUAUUGAUAGCUCAACAUUUUGAUGAAGUAUGGAACUCAGAAGCGUGCAACAAAAUGUGUGAUAAUUGUUGUAAAGACAUUUCAUUUGAAAGAAAGAAUGUAACAGCCUACUGCAGAGAUCUAAUCAAAAUCCUGCAGCAGGCAGAGGAAAUGAAUGAAAAGCUCACUCCACUGAAACUGAUCGAUUCUUGGAUGGGAAGGGGAGCAGCAAAAUUGAGAGUAGCAGGUGUUGUUCCUCCCACACUCCCUCGUGAAGACCUGGAGAAAAUUAUUGCGCACUUUCUUCUACAGCAGUAUCUUAAAGAAGACUACAGUUUUACAGCUUACGCUACCAUUUCCUAUUUGAAAACCGGACCUAAAGCUCACCUUCUGAACAACGAGGCACAUGUUAUUACUAUGCAAGUAAAGAAGUCCACGCAGACCUAUUUCAGGAUUGAAUCAUCUCAAACUUGUCAUUCUGAAGGAUCUGAUAAAAAGAAGGAAGGAAAAAAUUCGGGCAACUUCCAGAAGAAAUCUGCAAACAUACUUCAGCAAUCUGAUACUAAGAAUACAGGGGCUAAGAAAAGAAAAAUUGAUGAUGCAUGAGAUGAAUGUUUCUAAAUUUUCCAAGAAAACAGUUUUAUGCAUGCAUGUACCAUUAUUUUUAUAGCUUAAAUUUUAAGACACUUUCAUUAAUAUUUUAUAUAUGUGAAGCUAUAUUUUAAGAACUUCUCUCUAAGUAUUGAAGACUUGAGAAUUUGAGAACUUUUGACAAUUUAAGAGCAUGAAUUGCAUACAUUUACAGUGUGAAAUGAGGGGAAAAAUAAAUUUUUAAUGCAAAACCCUUUAAAAGUAAAAUAGUUAAGGGAGUAAGUUCACAUAACUAUCUUAAGCUCUUUAUGCCUUGUAAUUUUUUUUUGACAGAACUAUCUUUUGACAGCAGUGUUGUUGUACUGAGAAUUUUACAUAGGCUCAUCACA